CUGCAGCAGCACCUGUUGAUGAUAGCACGGAACAGUUCGAUAUGGAAAUGGAGUGAGAGGCGACUGUCAUGCGCAAGUCUGUGAUUAAGAAAAUGUAUUCAUUUGUUUGAUCCUACUUGACUUACUGACAAAUCUCGAUCCUACAUUGAAAAAUAAUCGCCAAAGCGUGCGUACUUCCGUUUUAUUGCAAUAAAUAACAUUUUUUAAAACUAGAAGAAGCUAGUAUCAUGAGCUCUUCCAAAAAAAGAUGCAUUUCUUUUAUCAAAAAAGUCAUUAUUAUUAAACUAAAAAUCAAUCAGAAGAUUACUAGUAGGAAUCAGAAGAAUGAUAAUUAAGCUUCUCAAAGAAGCGAGCUUUACUUCCCAACUGCACGUUACCACGCAGUUACUUUGUUGCCAUUAAUUGAGUCAUAAAUAAAAGACAAGGAGCCCCCCCCCCUUUUUUUAAUCAGUUAUCGCGUUAUAACUCGCGAUGCGAAUGAUCUCCUUAUAUACAUUGGAAUAAUAUAUAAUUUUUUUUAUCAAAUACAAAGCUGGCGGAAGUGCUUUGUAUUAUAAUAAAUUUUUUU